UGGUGGGACCGGGCCCGGGCUCCCACAGCCACCUCCGCCUUGGCCAGAGCCCUCUGGGCCCCGCCUCCGGGUAGGGACCCCGGGAGACAAGCUCUUUCUUCUGGCUGGGGGGGGGAGCCUCCCAAACCCGGGCAGCUCCAGACCCUCUGGAUCGCAGUUCACGAGAACCUCAGCUGCACUUUGGCUGCUGCCUUCCUAUUUCCCAGGAUUUUCAAUGGCGGGAUACCAGCUCUGGUCACCAUGGACCCCACUGGAUGAGAGCUUUCAAUGGCUGCGGCACACGACACCUACACCUUCUUCCAAACACCCCUUUAGGGCAUCCCCCUGCUUCCCACACACCCCUUCUGACCUUGAAGUGCAGCUGUGCUUUCAAGAGGUCACGCUAGUCCUAGACAGCCCAUUUCUGGAAACUGGAGUGAGUCCCAAGUUACCCUGCCACACGUCAGAGCUCCAAACCAUGAACAACAAGAAAGGGCUGGUCAGGAAGCCCCAGCCUGUCCGCCUCAGUGGCGUAGAUUCUGUCUUUGGCAGGGUCAUUACAGCUCAGCCGCCAAAGUGGACUGGGACCUUCAGAGUUUCAGACAAGUCAGCCUUUUGCAAAAUCAUCAGUCGGGAGCACCAGUGGCCCACUGGACUUAAGGAGCCUCAGAUUCAGAUGACAGUGACUAUGUGCAAACAGAUGCUGCGCUCUAUCCUCUUGUUGUAUGCAACAUACAAGAAGUGCACCUUUGCCUUGCAACACUCCAAGUAAAGGGUUUCUGUCUGAUUCCCAGUUCCUUUGGUAUGUGCCGGAAGCUUACAGAACCUGUCCACGUAAACAGAACCGUGGCACCACCCCAGCCA